GGGCGCGCGCACGCACGCACGCGCGCACGCACGCACGCACGCACGCACGCAGUACGUCCGCGGUUCGCUUCCAGCCGCGGCGGCCUCGGUGGCGGCCUGACGGGACCCUGCGCCCGGCCUCCUCGAGCGGAAUGCGGCGCUGACGAGCGCGGACCCUCCGCGGCGGCGCCAUGAACCUCCUGCCCUGUAACCCCCACGGCAACGGGCUGCUCUACGCCGGCUUCAACCAGGACCACGGAUGUUUUGCAUGUGGGAUGGAAAAUGGAUUCCGAGUCUAUAACACCGACCCACUAAAAGAAAAAGAGAAACAAGAAUUUCUGGAAGGAGGAGUUGGCCAUGUUGAAAUGUUAUUCCGCUGCAACUAUUUAGCUUUAGUUGGUGGUGGGAAGAAGCCAAAAUACCCUCCCAACAAAGUGAUGAUCUGGGAUGACCUGAAAAAGAAGACUGUUAUUGAAAUAGAAUUUUCUACAGAAGUCAAGGCUGUCAAACUGCGGCGAGAUAGAAUUGUGGUUGUUUUGGACUCUAUGAUUAAGGUGUUUACAUUCACACACAAUCCCCACCAAUUGCACGUCUUUGAAACCUGCUAUAACCCUAAAGGCCUCUGUGUCCUGUGCCCGAAUAGCAACAACUCCCUCCUGGCCUUCCCCGGGACACACACGGGCCACGUGCAGCUCGUGGACCUGGCCAGCACCGAGAAGCCGCCUGUGGACAUUCCUGCCCACGAGGGCGUUCUGAGCUGCAUUGCUCUCAACCUGCAGGGAACAAGAAUUGCAACUGCAUCUGAAAAAGGGACCCUUAUAAGAAUAUUUGAUACUUCAUCAGGGCAUUUAAUCCAGGAGCUGCGAAGAGGAUCUCAAGCAGCCAAUAUUUACUGCAUCAGCUUCAAUCAGGACGCAUCCCUCAUCUGCGUGUCCAGUGACCACGGCACAGUGCACAUCUUCGCUGCUGAGGACCCAAAAAGGAAUAAGCAGUCCAGUUUGGCAUCAGCCAGUUUCCUUCCAAAAUACUUCAGUUCCAAGUGGAGUUUUUCCAAGUUUCAGGUUCCCUCGGGCUCUCCAUGCAUUUGUGCCUUUGGAACAGAGCCAAACGCCGUCAUUGCAAUCUGUGCAGACGGCAGCUACUACAAAUUCCUGUUCAACCCCAAGGGGGAGUGCAUCCGGGAUGUCUACGCCCAGUUUCUAGAAAUGACUGACGACAAGCUGUGACUCUUCACCCAGAGUGCAAUCAACACCCACGGCCGAGUGCCCCCAAAGUGCUGAGUGUGCCCCUCAAACUUCUGGGGCUGGUGCCGGCACCUUUGGGCCUUGUGGGUGACGGGCUGGAGGGACCGCCGGGGACCUUGGUCUCGAAGCCACAUGUGGUUGUCUGUUUCCUAAGCAAGGCUUCGCGUUUCCAGUAUUAAAGGAAGGAUGAGCGCCCGGGCCUCGCGGACACUCGAGCUCCGAGCGUCCGAGCCUGCCUGCUGGCUUGCUCCUGUGGUUCAGCCGUGACACUAGCCUCGCUGGGUCACUGCUUCCUCCCACCUGCAGUCGGGGCUCCAAACAGACUUGGGGGCUGGGUUGAGAAAAGGAUGGACACAUAGAAACUUGUUUGUCAACAGAUUCCGUCGUUUUCACUGAGUCUAUAAUGGGGAAAUGGACAGAUGUAUAAAUGUUAGUUCUUAUAACCAGAUUUGAAUAGAAUAAUCAUACCAGCAGCUUGCCUUAGAAAAGGAGGAAGGAAUUUUCUCCCACUUGAACAUGAAGAGCGACAGCUGUGAGUCCCGUCGUGGUCCCUGUGCCCACUGUCACCUGUGGUGAGGCUGUGCGCACGUGCUGGCGGCCUGUCUUUCUGUUGGAGUCGAGGCAAACGGGGGGCCUCCCGGCGAGGAGGCCACUUGUGCAUCACCUGGGUCUCCUGGAGAAAACUCCCGUUGCGUGUGUGCAGGGAACAGCAGUGCAUAGACUUCACAGUCAGUCAGAAGAAAGCGUCCCGUAGAGGAUCUGAAGGGACACGUCGGCGUCUCAGCAGAGCGCAGCGGGGAGCCCUCCCUGCCACUUCCACUUCCUGCCUCACCACCUUGUCUCUCCAGCACUUGUAGGAAGGGCUGCACACUAACGUGGAGAGUGAGGGGCACAUACUGUACCGUUGGGUAGCACAGCUGUGGGCUCAGUGUCCGUGCUGGGGGGGCUGCUUUAAUGUUCCCAAAUCCCCUUUGAAGACACUUGGCUGCAGGUUUGAUGUCAGGUGGCAAACAGGGUCUGCAGCAGCAAGUCCUCCGUUUGCCAGUCUUUCACUGUCGUGUGAUCAGCUAACUUUGUAUGUGGGUUUCAAUGUCAAGUAUGCAUGUUCCUUUCAUGUGUAUUUAAUCAUGAAAUUUAAUUUUGCACACUUAUUUUUAAUGUUUCUUUAAAUAAAAGUGACUAAUUUUGUUGUACUCUGUA